AUACGUAUAACAACGAAUUCUGUUAAAGCAGUUUGAAUCAUUUUGGGGGCAAAACUUCUUAUUCGCAUUUGAUUAAAUAUUAAUGUAUUUCAGUAAGUCUCCAAUUAACCUUAAAAACUCAGUUGAUUAAAUUUAUAAAUUGCCAACUACAAAACUUAAAAUCGAUGCUCAAUUUUUUAUCAAAAAAUUAUUUUAAUUAAUUUAAAGUAUAUUUUACAUAAAUUAUAAUUUACAAAGAAUGCAUAAGGAAAACAAUAUGAUGAAGUUUAAGUUUUGCAAUUAAUGUACCGUUUCUUAAAUUUAAUCAAGCGAAGAUAAUCGGAGAUUGUGAAACCUUAUCUAAAUAAUUAUGCUAACGUUCAUGAUAUUGCAAAUCUAUACUCUUCUUUUUGUCCAAAAGUUUGAAUGUUGGUAGCACUAGAUCUGUUCACAUUGAAGAAAAAAGGAGAAGUUGAAAGAACAGACCGAUUAACAUCUUUAUUGGGAAGUGUAUAUCCUCUAGUUUAAAAGUUCUUCUCUUCUUUGUGGAUGUAGCUCUUAUGUUAUAAAGUUUUUUUUAAAUUCUUUUUGCACCUUUUAAGAGUGAUAAAAAAACAGUAAAAAAAUGGCUUAAAAUCUUAUCUCUUUAAGAGUAUUCUGCUUUUUCACAAUUUCAAAAUAGAAUAGUGGGGGAAGAUUCGAAUGGAUAUCUCGACCGUUAGUAUUUGCUAGUUAGUUUGCCUCGCGAUAAUCAGUAGAGGAGUCCAGAGCAGUCAUAAAACAAAGACUGUUGCAUCGGAUUUACUCAAGACUAUCUCUCGAUAUGCCGCCUAAAUUGGAACUAAUUGCCGCAGCAUGCGAGAAUAUGGGCAUUGGAAUAAAUGGAAACUUACCUUGGCGCUUAAAGAAGGAAAUGGCGUUCUUCACACGUAUGACGACUGACACAAAGCAAAAGGAUAAAAAGAAUGUCGUACUUAUGGGCCGACGCACGUGGGAGUGUAUUCCCAAAAAGUAUCGACCUCUGAAGGAUCGCAUAAAUAUGGUGUUGUCUUCACAAGCAUUGGAUUGCGGAGACGAGGUGAUAGCGUGCAAGAGUAUAUUGCACGCCCUCGACGUGAUCUCAGGAAUGCAGAAUCAAGUAGAAAGAGUAUGGGUGAUAGGAGGAAGUAGUGUGUACAAGAGUGCCAUGGAAUCUCCGCAUUUCGGACGAUUGUAUUUAACGCGUAUAAAGAAAAAUUUUGAGUGUGAUACGUUUUUUCCUCCCAUUCCAAACGACUUUGCAUUAAUCACAGAUCCAACUGUACCACAAGGCACACAGGAAGAAAAUGGAAUUGAAUUUGUAUAUGAAGUGUAUGAAAGAAGAUAAAUAACAGAGAUAUUUCUUUCAAAUUAUUCAAACUGAAAAUAAUUAAAUAAUAAUUAAAUAAUACUAAAUAAUUAAAUAAAAUUAAAUAAAAAUAAAUAAUGAAA